AAACGGUUCAAUGUUUGGAUGUUCGUUGGAUUUUAUCAUUCUGAUGCACUAUAAUUCGUCAUAUGUUCUACUGGAGUCAUUCAAAAUAGCCACUUUUCUAUAGAAUGUGCACUUUGGAGAAAAGUGAUCCGUCAGCAACAUCUGGGCAUUCCGUUGCUAUCGUAAAUUCGACGAUUUCUCGGGCUACAUUAAUGGAUCGACAAAAUAAUUUACAUUCUGUAAAGGAUGAUCCAUCUAGUCACCACUGUUUGACACACUUUAAAAACAGAAAGUCAUAUAAAAACAGACCUUCAAGUUCUAUGUACAGAUUGAAAAUCCUCAAACGUUGUGGUCGGCACUUAAAACGAUUAAUUGGACAUAAAAUUGAUGUUGACGAAACUGUUUUUGAAAAUAACAAUGAGAAUGACGAUGAUAAUUGUUCGGUUUCAACAAAUUCUUGUCCGACUAUCACCAGACUAAAUAAUUCCUCUUCAACAUGCUGUCAUCAAUGUAGAGAAAACUGUAUUCGUAUGAAAAUUUUAAAAGAUGUACGAAAUCAGCAAAAUAAAUUAUCUCAAGAAGUCAGUCAAUUAAAACAACAAUUUUUAGAAAUUCAAACUGUUUUAGUAUCUAUCCAAAAUAUUCUAAUUAAUCGAAUUCAUCUUCAGUCAUCAUGUACAACAACAACGUCUUCUGCGUACUCACAUCCUUUAAAUUCAUCCAUUUAUCUAUGUAAUAAUAAAAAUAAUACGCCUAUAUUUUCACCAAUUAAUCCAAUGAUAAAUACGGAGUUGUCUACCAUUGACAUUUGUUCAGCUAGUUUUCCAUUGAACAAUGUACAUAAUACUAAAAUUACUCAUAAUCAAUUACCUACAUCAGACAAUCUUAAUUAUGUGACUAACAUCAGUUCACCAUCAUACUGUACAUCAACAGCGGCGACAACACUUCCAUCAAGUGUAAUCUACAAUCCUUCUACUCUGUCUACAUCUUUUAUGCCUUUAAAAAUUUUAACAAACCCAUCAUCAUCAGAAAACUUACCUAUUUCACCUUCAAGUAUUUCAUCUUCACCGUCAGUUUUAUCUGUACUUCAUGGUUCAGUUCCUUCAUGUAUUCCAUUGUGUGUGAAUUCAAAGAUUCCAUUGGAAAAUACUAUCAAUUCAAUCGUAAGUCGUCCACAAACCAAUCGAACUUUGACUGAUUCAAUGUCAAUAAGUCAAAUGCACUAUAUCCCUUUAAAUGAACAAAUUAAUUUACUAACAACUUUUACUGCUACUACUACUACCAUUGCAACACAAACUGGCGCGACUGAAUCUUAUCCUCCUAUUUUAUUGGUAAACUCACUGGGUCCUGGAUAUCCGCAAACCACAACAUGUCUAUCAACAACUUUGACCAAUACUACCUCAACAGAUCCACCUAUAUCCUCAACCUCUACUGUUAUAUUGUCCCAUAAUGAUGAGUGCAUUUCACUGAGUCAUUCAGGAGCAGUUGUCAACUGUAUAGAUGAGAACAUCGAUCCAUUAGACAGUCCUACAUCUAUUGAUUCGUCACAACAGUUUACGAAAGAUCAAAUUGAACCAUUGAACACUUUUGAAAUAGCCGCUACAGUUAGAGAUCUUCUUACAAAGCAUAAUAUUUCACAACGCCAAUUCUCUAGGCAUAUACUUAAAUUAAGUCAAGGUACAAUGAGUGAAUUAUUGUCGAAACCGAGACCAUGGUACAGAUUAACUGCACGUGGUCGAGAUUCUUAUAGACGAUUGCAAGCAUGGAUAUCGGAUCCAAAUAAUGUGAAUAGUUUAAAAAAUACUCAACGUAGACGAACCGAGACUACUCAAUCUACAUGCGAAAUUACUAGUUUAAAUAAUCAACAAUCUCUGUUAUUUCCUAACUCAAAUCCUGUACCAACACCUUGUCAAAAGGAUUUUUCCCUAACAAAAUCUAAAUCAAUCUCUCCAUUUGUCUAUCGUAAUGAUAUUGAACCGCUAAGUGUUUUAACUAGUCGACCUGAAAAGACAGAACUUAUAUAUGAUCUAGAAACUCAAAAGUCUAACGAUUCUCAUCAUUCUCAUCAUCACCACCAACAACAAACUAGUAAAGAAACACAUUACAGUCAUCGCUCUUUGAUGAAAUCUUCCGAAUCAGUUCAUCCAGAUGAAAAUAUUGGAUCUAAAGAAGAACAAGAAACUGAAAGACGCAUUAAUCAAAUUUUAUUAGCUGCUAAAGCGGCAAUGGAUUAUGAGAAACAAAUUAAAGCCAAUGGAUUAACUGAGAAAAUUAAUAGCGAUUUAUUUGACAGUACAUCAACAAUGAAACAGCACCAAUCUCCAUUGUCAGAUUGUCAAAUCGGGAUUUAUAAUGAUAACAGUCCAUCGGUAUCUGCUAUUAGUAUUAGCGAUGGUGAUUCACAAACUACUGCUACUACUACUACUGCCAAUAAUAAUAAUAACAAUAAUAAUAAUAAUAAUAAUAAUAAUAAUACCACUGUUACCACUUCUGGAAGUAUUAUCAACUCUUUUGAAUCAACUGUUGCCACUUCAUUGAUCAAUGAAAACAAUGCUGUAUAUCAUCAUUCCUCAUCUUCUCACCUAUCACCAUAUCCUAACAAUUUAUUAAGACAUGGAAUAAAUAUUAGCUCAAAUUCUUCUACAGUGUCAAAUCACAAUAAUUCUUUUAAUAAUGUCAACAAUUUAUCAUGUACUCCUACUGUAUGUUAUGGUAGCCUUCAAACUUGUCCAUCUGUAAAUGAAAUUACAAUCUGUUCAAAAUUGCCACCUAGUCAAUUGGUAACGUCAUCAUUACCAGUAUGCUCUAAUAAUACUGUAGUUCAUGCUACGCAGCAAUCUAUGCCAAUUAUGUCAAAUGGAAUCACAGUUUCAGAUCUUUUAAAACUAUUUACUACUCAGUUGACGAAUAAUCCAAUCAAUUCAAAUAAACCAGUCAUAUUCGACUCAACACUUGAUAAUAAUAAUAAUUCUCCAUAUCCUUCAAAAGUACAAUCCACCAUCACAUUACCUUGUGCCUUAAAUACUUCAAAAAAUGUAACCAAUGAUAAUCAAAAUAUUCUAUUCAAUAGUAAUUUUCCAUUAUUGGCUAACUCAUCAUCAAUCUCUUCACCUUAUUCCAUCAAUAAUACUAUUAUUAAACAAGAUGAUUGUGCACCGAUAUAUACACCACUUCGAACAACAAUAACUACUACAACACCAGUCAUAACUAAUGAAUUUCCGAUGCCUAUAUUAUCUCCAUCAAUAAUUAAAUUAAAUAAUCACCUACCGAUCCCACCUUUAGGUAUUCAACCUGUAUCAACACCAUUAUUCUCACAGACAUCUAAUUCUACUUCUACUUCUCUGUCGUCAUCACCCAUGUCCUUACAACAAACUUUAAUGCUUUUGGCGUCAGCAGCAACGGCUAGUGUUCCGUUGAAAACUCCAUCAACAUUAGCGAAUUCAGAGCAUAUUAAUGUGAAUCAAUGGAAUCAUGAAGAUUCAAACACUGCAACUAUAAAUGCUCCGGCUACUAUUACUACUAAUACUACGACCACUACUGUUCCAUUGUUAACUAAUAAUGAUACAGUUCACCAUCAUAAUCCCUAUGAAACAGCUGAUGAUAAUUUAUCUGAUUCAAGUUAUAUCAAUAACACGAUGCUUUCACUUCAAAGAGUGGUACUUCCUCCUUUGAAACAAGAAGAUAUUGAUAAGUACAGUGAAUUAUCUACUGAAGAGAUAACUCAUCGUACUCGCUCAAUUCUUUCUCAGUAUUCUAUUAGUCAAAGACUUUUUGGUGCAUAUAUACUUGGUUUAUCUCAAGGAAGUGUUUCUGAUCUAUUGGCCAGACCGAAACCGUGGAAAUUACUUACACAAAAAGGUCGUGAACCAUUUAUAAGAAUGCAGCUAUUUUUAAAUAAUCCCGACCAUAUAAUAAAAUUGUUACAAUCAUGUUCUUGUCAAAGUGGAAUUAUCCACUCAAACCACCAAUCUGAUAUAAACAUUAGUUCAAAUAUAUCUAUGCAACAGCAGUGUAUUGAUCAGACAGUACCACCACCAUCAUCAACAACAACAUUUGGAAAUGCACUAUCGAUAUUGAAUCCUUCAUUAUAUGAUUCACAAGCGAUGUAUUCUGGACAAACUAUUGAUUGUUCACUAUUUGAACCGAUUACAAGUCCAUCAGGUUCACCUACACCAAAUUCUAUACAAAAUGAAUGUUCUAAUGAAAAUGAAAUUGUGUUGCCGCUAAAUAAUAAUAAUAAUAUUAACCAAAAUUCUAGCGUUUAUCAAAGACCUUCAUCGAAGAAAGUCAUGGAAUUGGCAACAUCUUUAACCGAUCUGGAUACGACAUCUAUGUGUGGCAAAAUAAAAGAGCUUUUACAACGCCAUUCAAUACCACAACGAUUAUUCGGUGAUGUUGUAUUGGGAAUGUGUCAAGCAUCUGUUAGUGAUAUUUUAUCAAAAACACGUCCUUGGUCACAUUUAUCAAAUAAGGCAAGAAUACCAUAUGUACGUUUACAUUUAUGGUUACAAGAACCAGAUCAUUUGGAAAUGUUGAAAGCUGCUCAAGCAAAUAUCAAAACGUUUUCACGUCCUAAUAGUAAUGUUAAAAUAAUUCAAGGUCAUGAAACGUCAACUAUACAACAGCAGCAACAACAAAUAUCUGAUUUAUCCUGUGAAUAUUUACCAUCGAUUAAACCGGAAUCAUCAGAUAUAGUAACUUCUUCCGAUUUAAGAAGUAGGCAACAUUCAUCAUCGUCAAUAGCAAUAACGACAACAACAACCACAACAGCAUCUCGUAAACGUACACCUUCAUUGUCAUCAUCACCGUCGUCAUCAUUAUGCAAUCAAGAUAGUUUAAUUAAUUCACCGAUUUCUAAUAAAAAUAGUAAAUUGUUAAAAAUUGAUAAGUCACAAAUCAUAUUGUCACCUAAUAAUAAUAAUAAUAAAAUAAAAAGUACCACAAUUAAUAAUUCAUCACAAAUUGCACCAAUUGAUCAUUUAAAUGAAUAUGAACGUCAAAGUUUAUUUGAUAUAGCUAAAGCAGCAACAACUGUUAUGCUGUUGGCAUCAAACUCUAAUUCUUGCAGACAAAAUCAAAUUAAAUCAAAAUUAUUAACAAAUUCAAAGAAAAAAUCUAAUAAUAAUCUGUCAAAAUGUAAACGACAUCAAGUUAUCAGUAGUGGUAGUAGUCGUAGUCUUCGUCGUCGUCUUUGUAAUAUUAGUCAAUCACAACAGGAUGCAUUAAUAUCAGCUUGUAGUGAGCAUCAAUUACCUUUAUCAACAGAAACUAUGAAAUCGCUUGCUCAAGAUUUAUGUCUUCCAUAUAAAACGAUUUUAAGUUGGAUACAUAAUUAUCGAACAUAUAUUCAACGAAAUAAUCAGUCUAAACUUGAAAUUGUCUCAGAUGCUGAAAGUGAUUAUUCCAUUGAAGAAUCAAAUGAUACGUUGUACGACAAUGAUAUUACUCUUGAAAAACAACAUAAACCGUCAAUGGUGACAACAUCAACUAAUACGGCAACCACUACAGAUCACUUAACAUCGUCAUCAUCAGAUCGAUAUGCGGAUAAACAGCACUUACCACAUAAUAGACGUAAACCAAUUAAUCCUACUAGGUUAGCAAGUGCAGUGGCUGUUGCAAAUUCCCCUGGUAAAUCAAUUCAUCCUGCCACAUUAUCUAAUUCAAAUGAACACGAAAAUUCGAUUGUUCCUGUGACUUGAAAAAUUAUUCUCUCCCUUUUUUGUAGAACAUCAAAAACUAACUAUUCAACAACAAUGCAUAAAAUGUAUAUGUUUGUAUUUUCGGUGUAAUAUUUUUAAAACAUUAAUAUCAGGGUUAUUAUUAUUUGGAA